GGGGCCUCCCUCGUGCGAUCCUUUCCCUCCUCCCUCCUUUCCCUCGCCCCGUUGCUCGCUGAAGCUCCUCCUACCUCCGAUGCUUGCCAAAGCUCCUCCUGCCUCCAUUGCCGCUGCCGCCGCUCUCCGGAGCUGCUCCUCAUCCUGCUGCCACUGCUCGCCAAAUCUGCUCCUCGUUCUACCAGCUCUAAAGCUCAGCUAGGGGUAAUUAAUGAACAUAGAUAAUAGAUGGAUGAAUACUUGGGGGAGUGGUGCCAGGGUGCGGAGAGCAAACAUGCUACGAUGGUCGAGCAGAGGAAUGCACCGGUUCUAGAGGGGAGUCAACGAAUGACAGAUGACGAGAUCUGCACUCAAGUGCUUGGCCAACGCGCGGGGGGCUGGUUGAAUGGUAUUGGCAAUGGAUACAUUGCCCCAACAUCAUCAUCUUCUUCGAGUGCAGCAUCUCGUGCUGAGCUUGACCAAGCGCGUCGAGUCUCAAAGGGAGGACAUCGUUCUCCGGAUGUAAAUGAUGGAAAUGGAGAAACAACAGCUAAAAGAAUAGAUGGCUACCUGGAAAGCGAGGAUGGAUGCCAUUAAGAAUUGGAGAGUGCAAAUGGAACAAAUGAUGCGCCAAUCUCGUCUAGAUGAUGCGGGUGGCUCCUCCUCUCAUUAGAAAGUAUACUUAGUCUUAGUGUUAAUGUUAGUUGGCAUCAUUAGUUUCAUGAUCUGGCUUCUUAGUUGUAUAUGUGUUUAUGUGUCUAUAUUUUCUUUUUAGAGAAGUGUCAUUGAUGUGUUAUUGGUUGAUUCAAACUCUUAAUACUUGGACUCAUUUUUUUGGUAGUUUUUUAAUUUUUAUGAUCAAAUGAAGGAAAAAAUAGAAAUGAUAUGAUUUACUUU